AAAAGAAAAAAAAAUUCUCUCAUCGUUUAACUGCUAAACCGCCAUUGAACAGUAUCCAACGUAAAUCCCCAAACAAUGCAACAUUGUUCACUCUCUCCCUCUCAUCUUUCUCUCUCUUUCCUCUCCACAACACCAUUCACACUCCCUCCAAAACCUUAUCCAAUUCACCGUUACUCCAUAAAAUCCUCAAUCAACAAAAACCAAUCAACAACCACAAAACAAAGUUCAUGGGUAAGCCCUGAUUGGCUCACUUCAUUAUCCAAAUCCCUAACCACACGAAAAGACGAUGAUUCUGGAAUUCCAUUAGCAAGUGCUAAACUCGAUGAUGUUUCUGAUCUUUUGGGUGGUGCUCUUUUUCUCCCUUUGUUUAAAUGGAUGAAUGAGUAUGGUCCCAUUUAUCGUUUAGCUGCUGGUCCUAGAAACUUUGUGGUUGUUAGUGACCCUGCUAUUGCUAAACACGUGCUUAAGAAUUAUGGCAAGUAUGGUAAAGGUCUUGUUGCUGAGGUUUCUCAGUUUCUUUUUGGCUCUGGUUUCGCUAUUGCUGAAGGUCCUCUUUGGACGGCAAGGCGCAGGGCUGUGGUUCCAUCUCUUCACAAACGGUACUUGUCUAUUAUGGUGGAUAGGGUGUUUUGUAGAUGUGCUGAGAGAUUAGUAGAGAAGCUACAACCUGAUGCACUUAACGGAACUGCUGUUAACAUGGAGGACAAGUUUUCUCAGUUGACCCUCGAUGUUAUUGGUUUAUCUGUAUUCAACUACAACUUUGAUGCGUUGAAUUCAGAUAGUCCUGUUAUUGAAGCUGUUUAUACUGCACUGAAAGAGGCCGAGGCUCGCUCAACCGAUCUUUUGCCGUAUUGGAAGGUUAAUUUUCUUUGUAAGAUAAUUCCAAGACAAAUAAAGGCUGAAAAAGCUGUUACUGUUAUCAGGAAAACUGUAGAAGAUCUUAUUGUAAAAUGUAAAGAGAUUGUAGAGUCCGAAGGUGAAAGAAUUGAUGCCGAUGAAUAUGUGAAUGACGCCGAUCCUAGUAUUCUCCGAUUUUUGCUUGCCAGCAGAGAAGAGGUUUCUAGUGUGCAAUUAAGGGAUGAUCUUUUAUCAAUGUUAGUUGCUGGUCACGAGACCACCGGAUCGGUGCUGACUUGGACACUUUAUCUUCUAAGUAAGGAUUCUUCCUCAUUGGCGAAAGCGCAACAAGAGGUUGACAAAGUUUUACAGGGAAGGCGUCCUACCUAUGAAGAUAUUAAAAAUCUUAAGUUCUUGACGCGUUGUAUUAUCGAGUCGCUCCGGCUCUAUCCACAUCCGCCGGUAUUGAUAAGAAGAGCUCUAGUUCCUGAUGAACUUCCGGGUGCUUACAAAGUCAAUGCUGGUCAAGAUAUUAUGAUUUCUGUGUACAACAUACAUCGUUCUUCUGAGGUUUGGGAUAGGGCUGAAGAGUUUUUGCCAGAAAGAUUUGAGUUGGAUGGUCCAGUGCCAAACGAAACAAAUACAGAUUUCAGAUUCAUUCCAUUCAGUGGUGGGCCUCGCAAGUGUGUCGGUGAUCAAUUUGCUUUAUUGGAAGCCACAGUUGCUCUUGCAGUGUUUCUACAGAACAUGAACUUUGAGCUGGUCCCUAAUCAGAAUAUUAGCAUGACAACUGGAGCAACAAUACAUACAACAAAUGGCUUGUACAUGAAACUGAACCGGCGGUUGAAAUAGUCGACAUUCAUCUUCAUUUAUUUAUUUAGCAAAUCAAAUUCUCAUUAUGAUUUUCUCAUUUCUGCUAUUUCAUAUACCACAAGUUAUGCAGUAAAUAUGUAUUUGAUAGAGAAAGUAUUUCCAACAGUCUAAUCAUUUCUUCAUAUUUUAUAAAUGUUGUAAAGUGUUGCUGAAUGACAAAGUUAAGAAGUAGUGCAGUCAAGUUUCAGCUACAAAACUGUUAUACCUAAUUGCGAGAUUAAUUAAAUACAUCUAUUCAUUAAGA